CUUCACCAGAGCCCCUUUCACCAACCCGAAGCUCGACAUGUCCAACCAGGACUAAAACUCGCGGCUCUCCCUCGUCCUGUCGCUCCUGCAUCCCCAAGCCGGCUUCGGUCUCCUACUCGUCUUAGCCACUCACUCUUCGGAGUGACAUCUAACCCUAGUCAUCUCGAGGCUUCCACGCGUCUUUCUUCCGCUUGAGGGCAUUUCCCCGUCCUGUCGUGGGUCUUUGGGGCGAUCCAGUUUUUUUUUUUUGGGAUAUGCGAUCGAAUGUUGCGCGUCGGGCGCGUGUGGUCCUCUUUGGAAAGCCAGAUAUCACUGCCGCAAUGAAGUCGCUGCCACUCUCACCGCGUCUCCGGCACGUGUCUGGCGCGUUCCGUCUUCGAUACGCACAGAGCCCUGUCUGUGUUGCUCCGGGAUCCCGGCCUGUCACUGGCAGCUGACCCGACACGUACAGAAAGCUGAGGCAUUUUGGGCUUCGGCUCCAUUAUGUAUGCUUUCAAGUCGGCGAAGUUGCUUUUAGACGUGCAAGGGAGAGCGACGCCUGAAAUGCAGGACUUCUUCUCGGAGACGGAGCGUGCAAAGGGCACUAGAGACUGGUCCGGGUUUUGUGGGUACUCAAUGCGGAAACGGAGCGGUGCCGCACAGUCUGCUUUCCGAACGAGCAUCGCGCCCACUGGGACACCGCACAGGCCUUCUUAGGUCAGCCACCCAGUACCCCCAUGCGCUCGAUUCUCUCGCACUCGUUCUAUCCCUGACUUGAUCGCGGCGACGCCCAUCACAAGCUCCACGCACAAGACGCUGGAAGCCUAAGCCUCAGGCUUUUCCCCUGGUCUGUGCUCGGCACAAGUCCAAAUCCCGGCUUCGUUUGCGUUGUGUUCCGAAAGCCGUGGGCCGCCUCUCUUCUGUCUGCAUCAGUUCGGCUACUUGCUUGCGUCGAGAGGACGAGGUCCAGAAGCGCCGGCGUGUGCAUCGAAACCAACCUGGCUUCACGAGUACGGUUGAAUUGGAGAUUUGGCUCGAGCUCUGCGCUGUGACGUUCACGGACUCGCACAAGAGAGCGGGCGGUUCCUGGGCUGUGGACAUCUCGUGUCUUGGUGAAGUGUGCUGCGGCAUCGGCAAUGCUCUGCUCCGGUAAUGCUGCCGCUGUUCCGGUGCUAUUCCACCUCUGCUGUGCCCUCGAUGCCCGAUUUUCGCUUGCUCCUUCUCAGGAACAUCGACCGUGUAUGGCUCAAGGCUGUCGCUUCUGUGAAUCCUCUGUCCGACUCUCUAACGCGACAUUUUGACGAAUGGGACGCGGCAGUUAUCACGAGCAGUUUGGUUGUACUGCCCCUCCAUGCUCAGGCUGCAGAACGCUUUACGCUGCAUGGUUUUGUUAUUCACCGAAGCAUCCAAGACCCAGUCCAUCGAAACUGUUUGGCUGCAGCUGAUCUUAGCUUCUCUGCUCCUUCUUGUUCUAUAUACCUUUUCCUCGUCUGUCGAGAGGACUGGUGGCCUACGACGCUGCUGUUUGUUUUGUUCUCUUGCUCCACUCGCUGUCUGGAUCUCGUUGGUUUCUGCGUUGGGAUGGUUCUGGCCGACGUCUCUGUGUUUGCGGUACCUUCGGGCCGUCGCAAUAGAGAUUCGCUCUCGAGUUCAGACGACGCUCAUGCGCUGGGUCGCUCUUCACAGAAACACCAGCUUGGUCCAUCGAGGCACGUGUUUGGUUGAAGGCUCAAAUUCAGUAGCUGAGGCACUUGGACUCUGGACGGAUUGGAUCUGUGUUGCAGCUGGAGCGCGGACAAGAAGAUAGUCAAUUGCACGCUGGGAGUGUAGAAGCUGGCGAGAUGUCCGUGUGCGUCUUGGACGAGAAGCUGUGCGGCUAGGGCUUUUCUUUUCACUCAUGGUUGACACCGCUGCUCGUGGUGACUUGGUUGCGGUCGUUCGAAUGACGAAUGAGGGGAGGGGAUAUUCUGAACUUCUGGCUGUCACCCGACGGCCGGAGGUGAGGAUAACUUGCCAGGGGAUGCUAAUGAUGUGGCUCACGGCGGGUUGGCCUUUGGCCUCGCAAGUGAGACGGCACCUCAGGGGAUCAUGGAUUGGCCCCUUUUUAUGGACACGGUGGUUCCGUCAGCAAUUUUUCAAACCUGCAAGCCUUCGGGCCGUGAAGCCAUCAUUCGUGAGGCUGGGGCGGUGUCCCUGCUGAUGGAGCGAUUAGAUUCUGAUUCACCCGGCCUCAGUCCCUAUACAUUCAUCGCUUGGAAUCUUACCAAUGUACGCGGUAGGAUGACUAACUGCAGGGGGCCAUGAACACUAUAAGAGCUCAAUGCCGAUACCGACAUUCUCUACUCAAGCAUCAACCAAAUAGACAAUGGCCACUAGCUUCCUUUCCGCCCUCACCGUUCGCCGAACCAACUACACGAUUACCUCCAAAUCUCCGAUCUCCGAUGCCAGAAUCGAAGAGGUCAUCAGGGAAUGUCUUCUCCACACCCCAUCGGCUUGGAAUUCGCAAUCUGAACGGGCUACUAUCGUUCUCGGCGAGCAGAACAAAAAGCUCUGGGCAAUCGUCUCAGAGAAAACCCUUCCCGGGAUGCCAGAGGAGCUCAAAGCAAUCAUGAAGCAGAGGAUGGACGGGUUUGCCAACAGCUACGGCUCCGUCUUGUUCUGGGAAGAUCAGACCGUCAUUGACGGCCUAGUCCAGAAAUUCCCUUUGUUCGGUCCGGUGGUUCCUGUGCUGGGCCACAACUCGGCUGGCAUGUUGCACGGGAAUGUCUGGACUGCGCUCGCUCUCGAAGGACUCGCUGCCAGCUUGCAGCAUCACGGGGCCAAUCCCGUCCUAGCCGCGGCCAUCCAAGCUGAGUUCGGGCUGCCCAAGACUUGGACGUCCACGGCGAUCAUGCCCUUUGGUGUGGCAGCUCAGCCUGCGGGCGAGAAGGCAUUUGGACCGAUCGAGCAGCGUCUCAAAGUCAUCAAUUAG